AUGCGGGUCCUCGCGCUAGCAAGCAUACUGCCUGGCGCUGAGAACACCACGAGCAAAGCUGCACCGUUUUUAUUUGUACCUUUCUGGGGUUUUACAGAAAAAUGCAUUGUGCGUCUAGCCGCUGGCGUGCCUGAAAGUCUUCUUACCAUGUCCCUGCCGUGUGUUCGUCGUGUCGUCGGUGAAAAACGUAUGCGCCAAAUGUUGUUCAAACAAGAUGCAAGUUUUCUAUUCGCUUAA